UUGAAAAUGUCAAACUCUGAAAUAGCUUUCACCAUCCUAAAGGAAAUUCUAUAUAUUCCCCUUUUCCUGUGUUGAUGUGUUGAGUGCGUGGGCUUAUUUGUGUGUCAGUGUUUGUGUGGGAGUUAAGUGGUUGUGCAAGGUACAAGAGACCACACCUCCAUUCACUGAUCAGGACCAUGUGUCCCUCGUGUGUCCCACCUCAAGGAGCCUUAUAAAUCACAGAGUCCAGUCCAGACCCUCAGUCUUCGACACAGAACCCUGCAGUGAAUACAACUGGAUCACUGAAAGUGUGGCUGAAGUUUAUCUUGUUUUUGGGUUUCAAUGAAAAUGAUGCUGAACAUAGCGAUCAUCAGCUGUUUUUUGAUGAAUGUCAUGGUGAUGGCAUCACAUCCAAACCUGAGACGUAGUGAAAACUCCUUUGCUCUAUCUGACACAGACUUACUACCUGAAGUGGAGCACCUUGAAACAAACUCAGCAGAAGAAAAACUGCUAGAAGACCUUGGAUCCUAUGAUGAGGAUCUGAGUAAAGCUGUACAGCUGCAGAGAAGAGGUACACGUUCCCCUAGCCGCUGCAUCCCUCAUCAGCAGUCCUGCUUGGGCCAUCACCUGCCUUGCUGCAACCCCUGUGAUACCUGUUACUGUCGUUUCUUCAAGGCCUUCUGCUACUGCCGUAGCAUGGAUCACACCUGCAAACAUGAAUAUGCAUAGAGCCAAAUUCUACUCCGAAAUGACUAAUUGUGGCUUUACAUUUACAGUUUUACAGCUCUAGAAUGUAUAUGUGGAUAGUGUAAAUAUACAGCCUCACACUAUCCACAGGGAAGUUUGUUACAAUAUAACAAAUAUAAUGGUUAAUAAUAAAGCUGCACAAAGCAUAAAGAGUGCACCUUGGCUCUUAAGAUUUCAGAUUUGUAUUGCUGCAGUUUUAUGGUGCAAUUUUAUUGCGAUUUUAAUGUCAAAAUCUACU